AUGAGUUCACAGACCGUGAGCUGGCUACCAUACGAGAUGGGUACGUUGCCUCUCAGAUUCCUGAUCUUACAAGAAAGCAAUAGCAUAGCAGCAUCCUGGACCCGACGCCUGUACAGUGAGGUAACACAUGUGGGACGGGUCUCUGGGGCCAGACUUGCUGAGUUGAAUGGAGUCUCUGAAGAUCAGCCGCUAUUAACGACUUUGUUGGUGGCACCUUCACCUGCCAAUUCGUGCCUAGGCUAUAUUGUUCUGCCCCCUAUAUCAGAAGCAGCCUUUAGCCCUACAAACUGUGGCGAGAGUGGACUGUUGGGCUCAAUGGACAGCCUUCAAUUGAGAGGCUUGAUGAGCUCUAUGGCUCUGGCUGGCGCUCAGGGCUGA